AUGCCAAUUCUGGGUGUUGUACUCUUACUUUCAAUCGCUGUAAACGGUCUUGAAAUCGGUAAAACUACCUUUAUACCAAUUAUGUUAACGUUUGUAUUGCCUUUUAAAGUUUUCUAUAUUAUCCUUUACACUUAAUUCUGAACUUUUGAAAACAAAGCUGUAAAGUUGGGUUUUGCACGUAGUAAUAGUUAUUACAGUGUAAUUACUGGACUGUCAGUGUUUCCCAAUAAUGAUUUUAUUACUUUCUGCUUCACUUUACUCAUCGAUGUGAUUCCAGAACUGCCCGAGGUGAUAUGUUCGCAAGAUGUGAUGAAGGUAACGUUCAGGAACGCGAGCCAUCUGUCGCGAGGUCGGGUCUACGUGGUGGGCCAUGAGGAGAGUGAACGGUGUGUGUUUGGGGUCAAACAAGCCGUGAACAUUCCGCUGCUUCAUUGUGCUGACAUCAAGCCCUUGAACAAUGAUAACAAUGGUCUUGUCAAGGUUAACGUCUAUAUCAGAGUCACUCCCCAUCCGGUAGGUUGUUUUACGAGUUCGGGAGCCGACUUUUUGUUUUCCAAAGUUGCGCGAAAUUCGAAAUUCUGUUUAUUGUAAAUUACUUCGAAACAUCACGGAUUACUGUAUUUACGAUAAAACAACCAUAGUAAUAGAACAACAUAACUACAUUUCAGUUUCUAAUAACUGGAGACAGUAAAGAGUUUCACCUUGAAUGUAAAGGAUUAGAGAAGACAUCAUUGUACGGUAACUACAAUAAUCCCCACACAAAUACAGUAUGCCAACACAAUGUAAAGACAUCAGGAAGAGAGAAUCGUCUAGAAGAGAUCAUAUUUCAUGAAUGGACGUGCUCGGAACAGUACGGCAUUGAAGACUUUAUAAUGUGGAUCCGAGAGGUUACUGUAAUUUCUCGUAGGAAGGAAGAAGUUACCGUAAUAAGCAACAAUGGUUGUACUAAAGACGAUGCCAUCAUCUCCAACUUGCACCCAUCGUUGUCUGGAGUUCAGAAGAUAACAGCGUUGAGUCAGUUCUUCAAGUUUCCCAUCGAAAACUCCUUCAGAAUCAGGACCAGCAUCGUGCUAGUGCCCCGAAUCAUCAACGGAAGGGUUCAAAACGUAAGUGACCAGAAGAUAUGUUUUAAAACCAUAAAUCUGUAUGAUUUUAAAUAUUUUAGUUUGUGGAUUGUCACAAUUUGGACUUGAGAGCGUUUACUGACAGUGUAGGCUCCGUCUCUACAGAUACGAUGACUGACUGGAUCAGCGUCGAAGAAGGUAGGCUAUCUACAUAAAAAAUAGACAACAUUACAUUUUCUAAUGUAAUGUAAUAUUACUUUAGAAAACCCUCAUCAAGGUGAAUGCCCCAGUUUACUGAUAAACCAAGAGCUGGAGCCGUUCAACAGGAUCAACGAUACGACAGAAUCAUUCUUGGAGUUGUUAAACACUAUUAAUACGACAGGUAAGUAAGGGAUUGUUUUUCAACGACACUAACAAGACUAUAGAGAUGUUAUUGUUUACUCUGACAGUAAAACUUAAAAUCGUAUGGUCGGAGUUACAUACUGCACUAAUUAUACCUAAUUGUAAACUAAUAUUUUACAGGGAAUACUAAUAGAAGAGAGUUCCGCAUCAACGACGUAAUCUUGAACCAGCUGAACCAAAGUGUUACUAUGGUAAUGUUCAAAGAUCAGAACAGAUACGAUGUCACCUUUCCUUUGAAACGGGUACGUCUGACAUUACCUUAAAUAUUUUUGCGAUUUUUUUUGUGUAUGCGACGUCUUGGCUUUUAAUUUGAAGUUUUUGAUGUACUACCUUGCAUAUGAUUUCAAUUUUUUUAAAUAUGAUAACAAAGUUUUAAUUUUAAGGCUGUUUAUAUUAUUGUAGAAGUCCCACUGCUCAUGGCAUGUUCUAAACACCGCACUGUUAUGCUGGAGUAUAGCGUCAGUACUCGUCUGGAUGGUGCAAUUGUCUAUCAAACUCUACUCGUAUCUGGCCAAAGAGUUUGCCCCACCCAUGCCCGAAGAUGAUGACCUGCCUCAGCCAUGCAAGUCGUGGGCCGACCCCUACAAAGUGAACCAGAACAUGAUGGGGAAGAGCGCGGACUACCUGGAGUUCGAGCGUCGCCGCUUCUUCUGA